AUGAAAUAUAAAAAUUACAAUACUCAUGAUGCUUUAGAGAACUUUGAUAAAAAACUGAAUAAAAAUUAUAAAAUUCUUAAUGAAGAUGAAAUCAAAAAAUUACAAAACGAAUAUGAAUGUAAAAACAUGAUGAAAAAAGAGAAAUUUAAAAUAAAAGAAAAAUUAAGUAAAGAAAAGUUAAAGAUUGAGAAUAAAAAAAAUAUAAAGAAAAAAAAAAAUAUAAAUGGUAAUACAAAUAAUAACAUAUCUUAUGUAGAAAAAAAAAAUAAUGAAAAAGAGGAUGAAUCACUUUUUGAUAAUUCAAAUAAAACUAAUGAAAAUAGUGAAACUAACAAAAUUGUAAGUUUUGAUGAGUUGAAUAUAUGUGAAGAAAUUUUGCAAAGUAUAAAUGAAAUUGGAUGGAAAAAACCAACUUUAAUCCAACAGGAAAUAUUACCAUAUGCUUUUCAAAAAAGAGAUAUAAUUGGCUUAAGUGAAACUGGUAGUGGAAAAACUGCUUGUUUCAUUAUACCAAUAUUACAAGAUUUAAAAGAUAAAAAACAAAGUUUUUUUGCAUUAGUGAUUUCACCAACAAGAGAAUUAUGCAUUCAGAUAGCUCAACAUUUUCAUGCUUUAGGUUCGAAUUUGCUAAUAAAUAUAUGUACCAUUUUUGGAGGGGUAGAUAUAGUUACUCAAUCAUUGAAUUUAGCGAAAAAACCAAAUAUAAUUAUUAGCACUCCAGGUAGAAUUUUAGAUCAUUUAAAUAAUACAAAAGGAUUUAAUUUAAAAAACUUAAAAUACUUAGUUUUUGAUGAAGCAGAUAAAUUAUUAUCAUUAGAUUUCGAAACAUCUAUAAAUAAAUUACUAUUAAUAUUACCAAAAAGUAGAAUUACAUUUUUAUUUUCUGCCACCAUGACAAAAAAUGUUGCUAAAUUAAAAAAAGCUUCUCUAAAAAAUCCAAUAAAAAUUGAAGUAUCAAAUAAAUAUAGUACAGUUAGCACAUUAAUAGAAAAUUAUAUUUUUAUACCAUUUAAAUAUAAAUUCACAUAUCUUUGUAGUUUAUGUUUUCAUUUUUCUAAUAGAAAUAUAAUUAUAUUUACAAAUACUUGCGCAUCAGCACAAAAAAUUAAUUUUUUUUGUAGAAAUUUAGGAUUAAAAUCUAUAUGCCUACAUGGAAAAUUAACACAAAAUCAAAGAUUAAGUAGUUUAAAUUUAUUUAAAGCAAAUAAAUAUAACAUUUUAAUAUCAACACAAGUUGGAGCUAGAGGGUUAGAUUUACAAAAUAUUAAAAUUGUUAUAAAUUUUGAUUUAUGCUCAUGUAAGGAAUAUAUUCAUAGAGUUGGAAGAACGGCAAGAGCAGGGAAGACUGGGAAAUCAAUUACUUUUGUUACACAAUAUGACGUUGAGAAUUUUUUAAGUAUAGAAAAACAAUUAAAUAAAAAAAUUGAAAAAUUUACUGAUUUAGAUGAAACAGAUGUUUUAUUAUAUCAUGAACAAUCAUUAGAAGCACUUAGAUUAUCGGAAAUUGAAAUGAAAGAAAAUCAAGAUUUAUAUAAAAAAAAAAAGUACAAAAAAAAAAAAUAA